GGAAUUAGCAUCAUAAUGAAUGUCUAAUGCCUUACUGUUAUUCUGUGAUAAAAGAAGUGCUGUUGAGAGUCGAAUAUCAGUUAAUGCUUGAGUGAUUCCCCUUUAAUAGGUAUAUCAAUACCCGGGAUUUACAGUGAUGACACAAUUCAGGCUGUUGACAUUUGAAAAAAAGUAUUUUUGAUCAUCCACGGAUGCAUAACAGAACAGCCGUUGUAGAUUUCAUUUAAUAGUUCAAUUAUAUAAUAUUUGUAGGAUUACAAAAGCAAAAUUGGAAAUGUACGUUACUGUUAUUGAUUGUGCCAUAGGAUAACCAGACUGAAAUAAAGCAGACUGAAGUUAACAUUUCAGAACACCAGAAUACAGCCAAGUAACCAUCAACAAAUAGAAGAUUUAUAAUUAAAACCAAUCCAUCAUCAACAUCAUUAUUGUAUACAAUAAAAAAAUUAGAAGACAAAACAUUACGAGCUUGAUGAGAAGUGUUUGGAUUUAUAAAGAUUUGAUUGGGACAUUAAAAGGAUAUUAACUUACUAAUUCAGAUUGCCUGAAACCCAUAUUUAGAGGAUUAUUCUUAUAAAGGUGCUGGAUUUUUAGUUAAUCAAAUCUCAAAGAUUUUGCGUUAAGUGUUGGAUUAUUUUAUGGAAAUAUUUACAUAAUUGAGGAGCAUUCAACAGAUUAUGAGUUAUGGUUUCACUUCUGAAAUGUGAUGGUUGAUGAGUUUUUAUUACAUGGAAAUUACCAAUAUAAAUGGUGACGAUUGUUGUUGAGAAGACUAUAGAAUGUAAAACCCAGUAUGGAAUAUGGUAUCCUAACUGGAACAGCAUCUGACAUUCGUCACUUCUUCCUUGUUGUCACAUGCCUUGUUUCUUUAUCUGCUGCACAGUAUAGCUGGAGACCAGGUGAAUGGAGCACAUGUGAUGCAAGUGAAUGUGGCCUUAAUGGAAAACAAGAUCGAUAUGUCAGUUGUAUGUUCCAAGAUCGAAAUGGACAACUCAGUUAUGCCGAGGAAGAAAACUGUCGGUAUUUACCACGUCCCAUUUCACAACAAAUGUGCAACAAACAGUGCACAGAUCAAUAUCAGGUCACUUGGGCAGCAGACACAUGGGGUCGUUGUCAGCUUUUACCGAGUGUUCAAACAUGUGCCCGUGGAAUGGGCAUCAGAUAUCGUAAUGUCACCUGUGUUAUCAAAUCAGAUGGCAAGCUGCAGGAUGACAGCAUUUGUGCAGGAUAUGAAACAAAGCCUGCUACAAGUGAAAACUGUGAUUUGCAAUGUAAACAAGACUGUAUUGUGACCCCAUAUGGUCCUUGGUCAAGCUGUGAUAAGUGUGAAAAAAUUGCACAGACUCGAACUAGGAUAGUAGUCAUUCCAGAUGAUCAUGGUGGAAAGGAUUGUCCACCAUUUUCACAAAUUGAACCCUGUAAUAAUUGUUCAAAUGUAUAUUAUAUUUAUUUAGGACGAUGGUCACCCUGUCAUACCAUGGACAUUCCCGAAAAUUUUCCCACACAUUCAUUAAUAGGUCGUGAAGAACGUAGAGUUAGCUGUAUUGAUUCCAUUGGUGCUACCGUUCCAUAUACAAGAUGUAAAGAACACAUAAAUCUUCAAGGUCAAAUCAUAACUGAUAGACAGUCAUGCAUCAUUCCCCAAGAUUGUGAAAUUUCUGAGUGGUCCCCAUGGCAGUUGGUUAAUAGUAGCUGUCUGUUGGAGUCUGGAUGGACUAAACCUGGACUUAUGAAGCGAGAAAGAUCAGUGAGAAAAUUACCUCGUGGACUUGGAGCUUCUUGUCCACCAUUAGUAGAGACCACAGCGGUUCAUGGAACAUCUGAUAAAUCAAGAUAUUGUCCCAGAAAUAAGUGGUUGACAUCAAGUUGGAGUAAAUGUCUCUCUGUAAAUGGAGGGUUACAGUGUACAACAGGAAUGCAACACAGAAAAACUAUAUGUGUGGAGGAAAAUGAAAGUGGUGACCAGAAACCGGUAGACGAUUCUUUGUGUACCAGUCCUCGUCCCACCAUAUCACAGUUGUGUUCAGCAGACUGUGACUGGGAUUGUACAGUUUCUCUAUGGUCACAGUGGAGUGACUGUACUGUGACUGAAUGUGAAGCAUAUGCUAGGAAGAGAAGGAACAAUCAGAAAACAGGGCAGAGAUUUAGAACAAGAGAGGUACUAACACGACCAGGAACAAAUGGAGAACAAUGCCCACAUCUUAGUGAAACCCAAAAUUGUGAUCCAGAACCUUGCUACUUUUGGAACACAUCAUCUGGUCCCUGCAGUUUGACCAAGUAUAGAUAUGGUGAAAGUGAAACUUGUGGUGUUGGUAUAAAACAGAGAACAGCAACAUGUGUUGAUAAGAAAGGGAUGAGAGUGAGUGAUGAUUUAUGCUCGUCCUGGGAAACCAGACCAGAGGCCCAAGUGUUAUGUGAGAUUCCUUGUCGCUAUGACUGUGUAACAUCAGAAUGGGGCGAGUGGUCAGAAUGUCCAGACAUCUGUGAGACUGAACAAGAUGUUUCCUAUCGACCAAACAUGAGGUCAAGACAAAAAACAAUCCUGGCUCGCCAUGGACCAGGUGGAACAGAAUGUCCAGGUGAAAGAGAACUGAUAGAAAACAAACCAUGUCCAACUGUCAUAGAGUGUGCUGUAUUUAUAUGGCAUGCAGACCCAUGGGGAAGUUGUGAACUAGAAGAUAGAAGCAGAAAAUGUGGUCGUGGACGACAGACUAGGGGUGUACACUGUUAUAAUCGCAACAACCAACUUGUACAGGAUGAAAAGUGUACACAGUCAGUCAAACCUGAGAGAACCAGAGUUUGUAUGAUACCAUGUCCAAGGGACUGUACUCUUACUGCAUGGUCUGACUGGUCUAGUUGUUCAGCUUCUUGUUUUAUUAAUAAAGACAACAUUCCUACUAGGGCUCGACAGCGAUUUAUUCUUCAGGAACCUGACAAUGGUGGUGCUCCAUGUCCGGAGGUAUUACAGGAGGUGAAGCAGUGUAUAGAGUUGCCCCUCUGUCACCAGUUCCAAUGGAAAAUCUCAAACUGGAGUGUCUGCAUACUGGCUCCAACCAUCUACAACUGUGGGAAAGGGCUCAGAGCUAGAAACAUUGCAUGUAUGGCUCAAAAUGGAACAGAUCAUCCUAUAGAAGACUGUCUCAAAUUCCUUGGUCCAAUGCCUCCUAUUGCUGAACCAUGUUAUAUGACAUGUGACAGGCAAUGUCUGUUUACUGAUUGGUCAGAAUGGAGCCACUGUAUUCAGGGGUGUAGCGGUCAUCAGUUCAGAUCAAGGGAAUUGAAAGGUGGUCAAGGUGUACCAGAUCAAUGCCAUAAUAACAAUUUAUAUCCAACUUACCAAAAACGUCCUUGUCAGCUAUGCGAGUCAUUAAAACCUACAUCCAUGGGUGAAUGGUCAGACUGUAUCCUAGAACCAGUAAGACAUGACUAUAUAACCAAUCAACCAGAACUGACCAGUAGUAGAGGAAAGAGGACUCGUAACACAACCUCCCUUGAUAUGGGGUACAUUUGUGGAACUGGAAAAAGGAUUAAAGUAGUGGCUUGUAGUAACCAAGGAUUAGGGAUAGAGUCAGCAGACAAAUGUAAUGGAGCAGGUUAUGAAGAAGAGGUAUGUUUGAUACCAUGUCCAGUGGAUUGUGAGAUGUCUGAUUGGACGACUUGGAGUGAAUGUCCUGCUAAAUGUGGUGCUGGUGUACAAACACGCUAUCGUAGUAUCAGAAGACUCCCAUCAGCAGGAGGCAGACAAUGUCCAUCACUUGGUGCUUCAAGCAAGGAAGUACAAACAAGGCUAUGCCAUCCAGAGUGUGUACGAUAUGUAUGGAAAACAAAAGCUUGGGGCACCUGUAUCCCUCAUAAUCAACAGAUCUGUGGUAAUGGAACUCAGACAAGACAUGUUAGAUGUUAUGCUGUGAAUAGACAUGGAUUUACAACAAGUGCAGCCUCUGAUGAUGUGUGUGUAAAUCAACGUCCUCCAAAAAUGCAGCAUUGUUAUUUAUACUGUUUGUCAGAUUGUGUGGUCAGUGUUUGGACAACAUGGACUUCGUGUAGCAAGCCGUGUAAUCAUAAUGAUCGACAAGUGAGGACAAGAGAAGUUUUACGUUACCUGAAUUACAACAACUGUCCGGAGGUUCGUGAAACAAAACCCUGCAUCAAAAAUGACAAUUGUAUUGAGUACUAUUGGGAAUGGUCAUCCUGGACGACUUGUUUAAUAAACAAUGGUAUGGACAACUGUGGAGUAGGACAUAAAGAAAGAUAUUUAAUCUGCAAAAACCACUUUGGCCACACUGUGGAUAGUGAAUUCUGUGAAGUGGAUGCAGAUCCAGUUUCCGAGCCAUCUGUUGUGUCUUGUGAAGAAGUCUGUGAUGUUGAUUGUCUAGUGUCUGACUGGUCAACAUGGUCAUCCUGCAGCAAAACAUGUGGCCUAGGAGUCAGUCAAAGGGAAAGAACCAUUGUGGAACAGUUCAGCAGAAAUGGAAGACCAUGCCCAGAUAUUGUUAAGCAGAAGAAGCCAUGUUUCCAACAAGGCUGCUACUCUUGGACUGUCUCAGUCUGGUCAAACUGUACAUCCCAGUUUGGAAUAUGUGGACAUGGGAUACAGAAGAGAAAUAUAUCUUGUAUGAGUGAAGAUGGUAUUGCCUUAGCCCCAACCAAGUGUUCACCAGACCUUCAUAUACUUAUUAUGCAGACUGAGAGACCAUGUACAGUACCAUGCCCGGGAGAAUGUGUACUAACAGACUGGACUGAAUGGAAUAAGUGCUACUUGUCAAGAGAGGACUUUAGAACUGAGAGUUAUAGGAGUCUAGGAGUUCAGAGUAGAUCUAGAGCUGUGUUAGCAUAUCCUAAAUUAAAGAAUACACCUUGUCCAGACAAGUUGUGGGAAAAACGUCAUUGUGUUGCUGAAGAAGGAAUGUACUUUGAGUGGAGAACAACUCCAUGGAGUGUCGACCAACAGAGAACUGUUUGGUGUUCAAGAUCUGACGGACUUGUAGUCAUAGGUGGAUGUGACAUUGAGAACCGUCCCUCAACAAACUUGAGAUGUGAACCAGUUUGUCCGGUACAAAGUCAUUGUAACGAUACAAAUAUCUGCAUAUGUCAUGAAGGUUAUGUAGCACAAACUAACUACAGAGGUAGUCUUCAGGCCUGUUUAGAAGCUAAUGUUACUGUGGAAAAAGAUGCUCAAGAAACAGGCCAAAAAAAAGAAGCGACCAGCAUAUGGAUGUAUGCAGUGUUAGCUGCUGGAACUGUCUUUAUUAUAUUUGUGGCUCUAGCUUUCUAUAACAUGAGCGAACACUUUCGUUCAGGCCCUCGUCCUCGAGAGGCUGAAGAUGAGGAAGCUGCAGAGAAACUGAAUACUGGGACUAUAGAAAGUAGACGAGAAAAUGGGAUAGAGAGAGAACAUUGUCCAAAUGUAAACACCCAUCUUUCUGCUCCCACACCAACCAAUACUAAUUACCUGUAUGAAAAUAGCACAACUAAUGCGUUAUGGUCGGAACUUACGGAAGGAGAGAGCUAAGUCGAAAAGAAUGGUAGUAAAACGGUCAGGAUCACUUGAUUCUUUAGGGGAUAAUAGAUCAAGUAAGGACCAAAAUGGCCAUGUUUCCGGUGACAAACUCGUGACAACUACAUACAUUGAUUCGGAUUUUGAAAAGGGUUCAAUGUUCACUGGGAAACAAAGUGUAAUAUAAUACACAAGCAAACAUUAUAAUAUGAUAUAAUCUCAAGUGAAGUGAAAAAGUAUGAAAAUACUAUAGCUUUUCAACUUAACAUCAAUAAUUUUACUGCGGGGCAGCAUGAUAGUCUUGUUGGAGUCUUCAAAAUGAUUUACUGUAAUUUGAUGUAAUUUUGUGAUCUGAUUUAUAACAUAUGAAAAAUGUACUUUUACAUGUGAUUUCGUAUAAGUUUUAAGAAAAAACGAAUACAUCUGAACAUAUUCAAGCGUUCAUGUUUGUCGUAAUUAAUGAGUCACCAGCGUGCAUUUACGCUGAAAAGAGUGAAGAAUUAUAAUAAUAUUAGCCUUGGAUCUUGUCUCACACUCGACAUACUUGUGAUCCGAGGCAUCUCCCUCGAUUAUGUCAUCAACAGGAAGUGUUAUCAUACAUUUAUCUAUUUAGAUCGAAACAUUUCUAUUUGUUUCAUUUAGUAUAUUUUUAUUUUCAUUGAAUAAUUGAAAACGUUAUACGGUUAUUUCGAAUUUAAAUACAAUGUAUAUUUCUUUAUUAGAAUAUUUGAUUGUAACUUAUUUCCCCAUUUGUAAAAAAAAUGCAUUUAACCACAAAACUCAUCUUUACAAUAAGAUGUGAAUAUCUGUAAAAGGUGAUCACUUAUUAUGAUUCAAAUCAUGCAUUAAUUAUAUUGCUCUUUUAUUCAUAAGGUUUGUUCAUUGACUGUUUACACAUGUUUUGGAACUGUUCGUAUAUACAAGUAAACCUUCGAAGACAAAGUUGCUUUAAACAAAUAUGUCUCGGUAUACGUGAGUUCACGUUUAUCUUAACAGUCUAAUGUACCAUUAGAAGUUGUAUUUCUAUGUCGAAUAUAAACUAAAAUAAAAUGCAUAAGCUGUUUUACUCAAAAGGUUAAACGUGUAAACUUUGGAAAUGUUUUCAGACAAAAUAUUUGAUAUUGAAAUACUCUCUCUUUCAAAUACAGUCAGCUUUAAUCGUUUAGAAGGACAUACAUAGAAAAGGUAAAACAAAUUCUAUGUACAUUUGGUGUACAAUAACAUAUAGGGUUCGACCUUGUGUGUUGUUGUCGACAUUAAUACGUUGUAAUUUUUUCGAAGGUGAGAAAAAAGAACGAUUUGUUUUUAGAUUUAUGUUAAGCAUUUUAUAGAAUGAUGAAUUGGAGACUCCUAUACUUGUUGAAUGCUAACAUAUUGUCUUCUUGCAAUCGAUGUAUCGCCAUCAUGUGAUUUCUUAAUUGGAGUAUUGGGGUUACGGCAUUUCUUUUUUCUUGCUACUUUUAGUUGGGUUUUUUGGGUGAUUCUAAAGACAAUAUCACAAUAGAGAUCUGUAGGUUUUCCACAUUUAAGUUACAUAAUACUUUAAAAUUAAAAAGGUUUUACUUUUACGUAGAUCAAUUUAUCAAGUUCUACUCAUAUUGGACUAUUGACUUCCCGUGAGCUUUAAUUAACAUUUAAAAAUAUAUAUAUAUAUAUUUCUUCUACAAUUUGUAACGAAAAAAUAUAUAAAAACACCAAACCAAUAAACAACCUAUAUAAUAAUUGUUUUGUUUUAAAUGGGAACGCAUGAAAAGAAAAAGCAUCUGAACAUCCCUCUUUCAUUGAUUUGUUUCUCACAUGCUCCAUAUUUUUGCCACAAUCUGCUUUAAUUGUUUAUCAAGGUCGUGGUUUGAUGAACUACGACCAGAAAAACCCGAAAGUAAAUAAGUAUCUGAAGUUCUCCUCCAAUAAUCACAAAAUGGAAUUUAUUUCGGUGGUUAUACUUUAUUGAUUCGAAAUAAAUGUGAAGUAAAGUGCAUAGAUGACUCAAUUUAGUAUAAUGCAUGUAUUGUUUAAUAAUUUCCUAAACAUUAUAUAAACCAGAAACCCGAGUCAAAUGACUAAAGCGCACAUAUAUAUUUUUAAUACUAUACACUUAAAUUUUUAACUGACCUCUGUGAAACGUUUACUAGACUUUACAUGGAAUAUUGUUUGUUGAGGUUUAUUUUAUAUAUACUAAACCAUGUAACCAUGAAUAUUUGACUUUGAACUAGAACAUUUGUUUAUCAUCUUGUACGGUGCAGAAUAUGAGCAUGUAUUACUAUUAUAUUGGGCAUAAAAAGCAACACAUUUACACGAAGCUUUAAUUAUAUGUGAGUGCAUUCAUUUCAAAGGUUAAUAAAGUUAAAAUUUAUUAUAUAUCAGAAUAUAAAGUAUGAAUUUAAUAUAUCAAUGUAUAAAUGUUUUUUCCCUUUCCAAUUUCGGCGUAAAACAGCUAAUUUGUUAAAUCUUUUAAACUUGGUAUGUUGUUUAUUUGAAUUUUCAAGAUAAUUUCAAGAGUAUAAACUUAAUGGCUUAAUACGAAGGAUAAAUUAUUCCCGGUCUUUGGAAGAUCAUAAUACUUUUGUUGAGUAUAGGGAUGCCUCAAACAAAUUUCUACUUUUAAACAUGGAAAUUAAAGCGAAGCGAAUGGAAAAUGUAGUUUAUUAAAUGAUAAGCAUCUUUUGGAAUCAUAAUCAUAAAUAUGAAAAAUAUAUAACAUAAGUUCUCUUUUUCCCCCCACGUAUUUAUCCUCAAUUGUAUAUGUAUUUUCCCCUGUUUUAGCUGAAUAAUAGAUACGCACAAAUCCGAUAAAAAUCUUGUUGCUACAUGUAUUGUAAAAAAAAUAAUACUAGCCAAGUUCGCACAAAUGUAAUGCGCUUGUCUUUUAAAGAUUGCCUUCUCUGAAAAAUACUGUAUUUGAAAUGGUAAUGUGUGAUUUUAUAUGUUAUCAGUAAUGGCAUUUAUUGUUUGUACAAAUUUAAAAUGGAUGAAUAUAUUUUUCAUUUUUAUUUAUUGUUCAUAGUUAUCAUGCAAUGUACAUUAUCAUCAAAUCAUUCUCAAAAUAAUUCAUUGUUUUGUUAUAAAAAAAUUAUUAUCAA